AUGGGAGGAAGCAAGCACCGGCACAGCAAGGACAAACUGUACCUUUUGCACACCGAGCUUGAGAGCUCCUUGGACCCCAAGCUACGAGCGAGAGCGGGAGAGCUGCUGUCACUGGACGCUUGCUCCUUGAGCCUCCAGCCGUUCAGCAAACCGGUUUGCUCGCCUCAAGGACACGUGUUCGACGACUCUAACAUACGCGAAUAUAUCACCCUGCAUGGGAGCAACCCGGUGAACGGCGAACCGCUGCAGAUCAACCAACUCGUGGAGCUCCAUUUCACCAGGGAUGAGAACAACGAGCUGCAAUGCCCACUCUCCUUCAAAAGGUUCACCCCGAGCUCGCACGUAGUUGCGGUGCUCGCUUCGGGCUACGUCUAUGGGCACGCCGCCCUCAAGGACAUCGCGAAGAAGCAGAAGGAUGGGACCAUGAGCGACCCUAUGACCGGGGUGCCGUUCACCAAGGCGGACGUUGUCACGCUGCAGGACCCACACAACACCGAGUGGCGCAAGAUAGCCAACUUCAAACAUAUCGCAACCACCUUCGCCAGAAGCGGCGACGCCAAGGGCGAAAUCAGGGGUAACGCACUAUAUCGCAGCACCAUAGACAAGUUCGACGGCGCAACUGAUCUCGUGGAGAACCACGCGAAGAUAUUCAAUGCAGCGAACAAGGAUGACCUGGCGGAUCGACCGAAGCACGCCAGGUUCACCACCAGCGGACAGGCAAGCAGCUUCACAUGCACUGCCAUCAACGCGUCAUACGCCACGCAGUAUAGGCCGAUGACGGUCUUCGAGGUCAGAGAGCCGUUAUACGCCAUGGUCAAAAAGCAAAAGCUGAAGGCGUACGUCAAACUCGUCACCAGCGACGGGGACCUCAACUUUGUGCUCCACGCAGACCGCGUGCCCAUGACGUGUGACAAUUUCCUGCAGCACUGCGAAGACGGCUACUACAACAACACCAUAUUCCACCGCUGCAUACCCAACUUCAUAAUACAGGGCGGCGACCCCACGGGCACGGGAGGGGGAGGCGAGAGUGCCUUCCACACCAGGGCAAAGCGCAACAACCCGAAUGAGGAGGUGCCCAAGUACUUCAAAGACGAGUUCGACAACACGCUCUUCCACCUGGGCGCCGGGGUGCUGUCCAUGGCCAACAAGGGAAAACACACCAACGGCUCGCAGUUCUUCAUCACAUUCAACACCUGCGACCACCUCGACCACAGGCACACGGUAUUCGGAAAGCUCGUGGGGGGCAUGGACGUGCUCAAAAAGUGGGUCAACCUGAAGGUGGAUGACGACGAGCGGCCAAAGCAGCCGCCGAAAAUCAUCAAGGCCGUAAUAUGCUCAAACCCGUUUGACACCGUGGCGCAGCAGCUGAGGGAGGAGGAGCAACGCGAGGCCACCAACAAAAAGAGGAGGCUGUCCAGCACAACACGGAACUGGAUAAUCAACCCGCAGCUGCAACUGCAGAGCGCCGGGGCAACUGAAAACAAGCAGGUGGGUCACCUGCUAGACAAAAAGUUGAAGGUCGACAAAAAGGGUGCACACGGCUGA